GAAUGCCGCGAUAGUCGCCGCCCGACGGAGGAGCUUUUUAGUAGCCGACGGUCCCAUUUUCUCAGUCCAUCGGAACUGCCCGCGCUGCGAGCUAUUCUUUCACCAGAGGACAACGCACUACCAGGACGAAAGGGCGAUACUUCCCUUGAGUGGCUUGAUCUAGUUGAGAUGUAUUCUCGCUGUGACCUGACUAAGGAGACCGACAAGCUGAUAGCCCUGACUGGUAUCGCCUCGAAGAUCCACACCAGGACGGGGCAGAAUUGGUGCGCCGGCAUCUGGAAGGAUUUUGUAUGUCAAGGGCUACUCUGGUUGCCCACAAAUGAUGAACUAUCGCCUCCCUCUGUGGCACGAGCACCAUCCUGGUCUUGGGCAUCUUGGGAUGGCGCCAUUCAGUUUCCUUUAGCCGUCCGAGAGAACGGCUUUCGCCCAAGGUGCGAGUUCGUCAGCUUGGAGACCCCUGAUAAGGAUCAGGUCGCCUGGCUUAAUGGUGUCGGCUCCCUGACACUCCGUGGCAGGUUACUCGCGGUAUCGAGCCUUACGUACGCGCAUACAGCCCAACUAGGCCCUGGACCCCCACGCAAGGGCGACAUUACCUCCGGUGGCCCUGAUUUGCCGCUCAUAUCUCUGAGGAGUUAUGUCCUCGUACACAGCCUCUACAUUGCCCAGCCCUAUGAACUGAGGCAGGCCGCCAUUGGGUGGAUUGCUCAUGAUCGUGCCGGGCACACGGCCUUCGACUAUUUACCCCCCGGAAGUUUUAUGAUGCCAAUGGCCACGCCCGGAUUUUGGGGAGAACAAUCCAUACCACACAAGCCAGCGAUAUGGUUUCUGAUACUGGGCACGCACGAAAGUGUGCCCGAGCGAGACAAACACCAAAGAUAUCUAUCCUCGUUCGCGCCCGCUGCCCCGCCACCCGAAGUAGCCUUCUUAGGUAUCUUCCUCGAGUCCCCUAUUGGAGAGAAGUCUGGGGUUUAUAGACGUAUCGGCUUUGGGCAGCUGUCGCGCCGUUUUGUGGAGUCGGAAAUAUCGCGAACCUCACAAGUAACACCACGAGGACGUCGCUUUCGGGGGAGAGGUGGUCGAUGGUCUCAUGCUGUUUCUGCUUCAUCGCAACCCUCAGUGGACUCGUGCACCAAAGAUGUGGAUGCCAAUGAAACGCACAAACGUAGAGCUGGACGUGGCUCUCAAACAAAGUGGAUCGACGAUGUGUUUGCGAAGGACCUGACCAUAGUGACGAUUGUAUGAUCGCCUGGGUGUGGAGCUUCUCGCGAACGCAAAUCUUGCUCUCUCCGGCGGCGCUCGGUGACGACCAUUGAGUGCAUUAACACAUAUCUGCCAUCUCCAUAUCAUGGGGCCGCCGGAUGGAAUACCGCGGCUGUGCCGUUGACCAAAGAGGCUUUACGUUGCGUGGCUGCUUGGACUUGCUUCCCUGGUUUAGGUGCUCAACUCUGCGCUGCCCGUACUACAAGGUACACUGCAUUACAAAUCGAACUUCGCUCCCAUAAAACGGAU